GCACCAACCACAUGACGUCUGCAACAACAGAAGCCGCAGCCGUGUUGACCAGCGGAUAGUCGCCGUAAUAUGCGUAAUAGCACAACCCGUUGGCCACUGCGCCGGCCACCGAGACGACGAUGGGGACCAUGGAGGCCCGCGACAGCGUGGUGAUGUUCACCACCAUGAGGCCGAAGAGGCUGUUCGCCAAGCAUAUGGUGCUGAGGAUGGCCCAGCUCGACUCGAAAUAUACCGUCAUCUCGGCGCGUCACCCACGCGGUUGCAGGGUGGGUGUUGAACGCAUCCAGGUGACAUGGAUUCGAAAAGAGUUCCCCAGGCGCAUCCCGACAAUCAAGACGUUCUGGGGCAGGUUGAAAGGGAGGCGACCGAUGUGUGGAGGUGUGAACCUGUAGUUUUUUUUUCGGUGGUUCUGGGUUUUUUUCUUCUUCUUUUCUUCUUCUUUCUUUCAAGGGAGGCUCCAGCCCGUACAAGUACUUGCUUGGUGGUCUUCAGUCUUCCUAGUCGGCCAAGUCCGUUAUUACCUACCAACCGAGAACAAAGAUUCCUGUUCCUGCUGGGGAGAAGAGAGCUUACAAAGUUUCAGAGUCAGCCAGCCAUUCAAUGGGUGUCAGCCAAGGGGCAAAGACAAGACCCUCCUCCAGACUGCUGGGAAUUUGCCCUGGUUUCCGAGGUUCCGACAUGGACCAAUAGAACGAAUUGCCAGGGCUCAACAAGAGGCCUGAAGACUGAAUGCACCACCACUCGAGAUAUGUGGAGAAACCUGGGGGAGGGGGCGGAGAAGUUGCACUACACUAGGUCCUGGUGCGGUCGUCUUGGCGACAGCAGAGGGGGUAGAUCGGGGAUAGGACAAAGGGCGAGAUGUUUGAAUCUCCUGGCCUGGGGUGGGAAAUCAAUCAUCCUGUCGCGGCAGUUGUAAGUGCAGGGCGCGCCAUGGGAUUCGGGUCGUCGGGCUGCGUAUCGAUGGCUUGGAGUCGACGAGACUCGGAUGUUCGUAUUUCGUAUUUCGUAUUUUUUAUUUCG